AUGCAGCGCUUCGCCUUUCUCUUAAUUGCAGUACUGUGUGGCACUUGCAAUGCCGCGUCGUAUGUCGGCGACGAUUUAGUUUUACACGAAAACAAUGUAUAUUUGGUUGGAAACCGAGGAAAAGUUUAUGGUGAUAGCUGUAACGUUGUCGGCAAUUCUUGUAAUAUCUACGGAAAUGAUGGAAAUGUAACGGGUGACAAUGGCGUUAUUGUUGGUGCGAGAGGAAUUAUCGUGGGCAACAAUGGAAAUAUAACCGGCAACAACGGUAAAAUAACAGGAAAUAACGCAAGAAUUCAAGGCGACAACGCAGUUGUUAUUGGCGAAGAUGCUGUUGUGGUAGGAGAUAAUGCUAAGGUAACUGGUGGAAACGCAAAAAUUAUAGGAAACAAUGGUACAAUUAUUGGAGCAGAUGGUACUAUUCAUGGUAAUAAUGGUGUUAUUCGCGGGUAUGGUGGUACGAUAGUGGGAAAAAAUGGAGUAAUUUACGUUUAA